CGUUUUACAGAUGAAAACUUCGGCUGCAACCUCGCUAGUGAAAUCGAUCAAUAUUUUCUUUUUAUGCAUAAUAUAGAGUUUUAACCGAUACAGAUUCGAAAGAUGAAAGAUAACUUGCCUCAUGUCUCCGGUCGUUGUCUUUCUAAUAUCAUUUACAUUCAUCAAACUGAGUAGACAACACUCUACCGAUCCAGAAUCAUUUCGUGCUUAUUUCCGUCUGCAAUGGACGGACCGUGUUCCGAGUAGCGAAAUGAGAGCGGAUGACGACGAGAGUAAACGAACGCCUCCUCUAAUGUUUAUAAAAUGAACAAUUUACAGUUAAUUUUAUUAUUUAAAUUCGUUAAUUAAAAUUCUCUUUAUUUAUCUUAAUCGACGUAAAGUUAACUUUAGUAUUAUUUGACAUUUACAUUGAUUUGAGUGUGAGAGUAAAUGAAAUGUGACUUCGACGUUUCGUUCGGUAAACGAGUCGAGGAGGUUCGCAUGGAGAUAAGUUUAAAAAAUAUUUAAUUAAUAUAAAUCAUUUUUUUAAGUAUGACUUAUUUAACUUCGUGGGAAGAUUUUGCUAAAGCUGCCGAAAGACUUUACUUGGCAGAUCCAAUGAGAGUACGUUUUAUUAUGAAAUAUCGCCAUUGUGACGGAAAAUUAGUUGUAAAAAUUACAGAUGAUCAAGUAUGCCUUCAAUACCUUACAGAACAUGCUCAGGAUGUUAAGAAGAUAGAAAAACUGACUAGUUUGUUAAUGAGACAUAUGGCUUCUAAAGAAAAAUAACAUUAUCUCGCAUUUAAAUGAUGAGACAUUUUGUAUAUACUUGCAUAUUAAAAGUUUAUAAAUGAAAAGAUUAAUGCUUUUUCACUUCAUUAUGUAAUACAAUAAAAUAAUUACUGUAAAAUAAUAA